AUGUCGGACGCGUACGAGCGCGAGCGGCAGAACAACUCGCGACUGGACGAGCUGUCCGCGAAGGUAUCCGCGCUUCGCGGCGUGACCAUUGACAUUUACGAUAACGCGCGGGACCAAGACGUCCUCGACUCAACGAGCGAUUCCUUCUCUGCCUUUUCGUCUUCCCUCAAAGGCUCUGCGUCGCGGCUGACGCGCAUGGCGGCCUCGGGCAACAAGGUCGCGGUGCUGAAGCUGAGCGGGCUUCUCAUCGGCGCCGUGCUCGUGCUGUACUUUCUGUAUCACCUGGCUUUCUAG